UUUUCGCAUAUAAGACAGAAUAUGAACGGGGCCCCGUCUUUAGUUUAUCACAAAGCAGCGCGUGUUUGUCUCUUUAGUUCAUUAGGUGUGAAUGAUGCCUUAGGAGUAUCCUACGUUCGGGUCACUGUGAUAAGCUUUGUUCCCGUCAUCAAGAAAUUGCAGAUAAACCAAGGAGGAUCCAGGUGGACGUUGAUCCUAAAAAAAAUAAAUAUAUAAUAUUAUUUUACCGAAUGAGAAACAAAUAAUUGUUUAAUAAAUUUAUACUCUUGUGCAACGAAAUGAAAUUGUGAAACUAUUAAAGGGGACAUUGUUUUGAUACUUUUUAAUAUACUGGAUUGUGAAAUACCAUUGAGGAUGUUCCUUCUCAAAAUUCUAUCCUUCGGCAUCCUCUUGCUAGGAGCCCUUGGACAGGAUCUCAUAGCUGAGGAUACAUCACCUUCGGAGACAACAACUCUAACAACCCUUGCAGAAAAUCUAGGAGCAAACGAGCCUGACUUUGUGACGCCUGAAUAUAUUCUACCAUGCCGCAGAUCGGAUGAAAGGAUUGACAGCUGUAUACAAAAGACGUUCAAUCAUCUGCGCCCUUAUUUGGUGAAAGGUAUUCCGGAAUUGGAGUUGCCGCCAAUCGAACCCUUGAAUAUUCCUCAACUGGGUAUGGAGAAUGGACAAGGUGCAGUAAGGGUCAGUGCACUCUUUUCUAACAUCACAGCCGUGGGACCUGGAAAUUAUUCAGUUGGAAAAGUCAGAGUGGAUAUACCUACGUUGAGAUUGGAUCUUCAUCUUACCAUUCCAAACAUUGAACUGCAGGGUCAAUAUGAAGUAGCUGGGAACGUGCUUCUGUUUCCAAUCCAGAGUCAGGGUGACUUCUGGGCCCAUUUUGGCGACGUGGCAGCCAUUGCCAGGGUUCAGGGUAUUCAAGAAAUACGAGACGGUGUCCGUUACAUGAGAAUCGAACGUUUGCUGAUUGACUUCAGUCUGGGCCGUGCUCGAUUUCGUGUAGUGGACCAACUCAAUGGGAACAACGUCAUUGGUCAGGCAAUGAAUCAAUUUUUGAAUCAAAACGCCAAAGAAAUUAUCGAAGAGAUGAGACCAGCCGCCAGUGCAAGCAUCGCCAAGCAUUUUCAGGGUUUCCUGAACACUGCAUUUACCAAAGUGCCCAUGAAGGUUUGGUUGCAUGAUGACUAAGUGUGACAACAUCUUUUUUACCAAAAUUUCAAUUAAAUUUUCUUCUGAGAAGAGAUAAACUCGUACGAAAGGUGCCUGACCGUGAUCCCAGUGACUUUUGGAAUAUUCAUGUUUUCCAAAAUAAAAAUAUGGUCAUCCACAUUCUCGUCCCUGUCUGUUCCAAAUUGCACGGUUUGGAUGGACCAUAAUUCGCAGCUUUUCUAUUUGUAUUUUGUACCUAAAGUAACUUGUUUGUAAAUAACGAAUAAAACAACAAAAUGAAGAAA